CUUUCUUUGCCAGGCUUGUCACAUCUGGAAGUAAAAUCGCUGAACAUUUUUCCAACGACAAUGGGUUCCAUUGAAACUUUAGGCAGUGGACCAGCACCCACUGAUGGACUUGCAGGGAAUUCCAGUGAGCGUCUAGUUCCCAAAGCCUUGGGUUGUCUUGAGACAUAUGGGCAGCGACGUGUGUUGGACACUGUCUCCCAGCUUCGAAAAUGCGGGUUGGACAGCGUCUUAUCAUUACCGCAACUAGUUGUUUGCGGUGAUCAGUCGGCGGGUAAAAGUUCGGUACUAGAAGCAUUGACUGAAAUCCCCUUCCCGCGCAAAGACAACUUGUGUACAAGGUACCCAACUGAGAUAAUAUUACGGCAUGGAACAUCAGAUUCACUCCAGAUUAGAGUGAUACCCGACCCCGAGCGGUCCGCUGAAGAGCAAAAGUCUAUCAAAGCGUUUAGGGAGACCAUAACAAGCUUUGAUCAACUACCUCAAGUCAUGGCAAAAGUAACGGAGCUGAUGGGAAUUGAUAGAGCGGAGGAUCAUGAGGGCAGCAAUGACCAUCAUCGGCGAGCGUUUGCACGUGAUGUCCUCAGUGUUGAGAUAGAAGGGCCGAAUCGGCCGCAGCUCACGGUUGUUGACUUACCCGGAAUCGUUCAGUCGCAAACGAAAGACACCACGCAGGCAGACGUCGAUAUGACGGUUGAAAUAACAGAGUCUUACAUAUCUCAACCACGUACUAUCUGCCUAGCCGUCAUCUCAGCAACUAACGAUUAUGCCAAUCAACCAAUUCUCAACAAGGUUCGUCAGUUCGAUCCCAAGGGUGAACGUACACUGGGUAUCAUCACUAAACCAGAUCGGUUGCCGUCUGGUUCAGACACGGAAAGCCAAUUUUUCCGAUUAGCUAAAAACGAAGACAUAUAUUUCGAACUGGGAUGGCACAUCUUGAAAAACCGGAGUUUUGAAGAGGCUGAAUUCUCAAUUCAAGAGCGAAAUAGUUCUGAAUCGACUUAUUUUCGGAAGUCAAUAUUCGGAACGCUUCCUCCCACACAUGUGGGAAUCAGCAGUCUCGUAAGCCGCCUUAGCAGAUUGUUGUUUUCUCACGUGCAGCAAGCGCUUCCCAGGCUUCAAGAGGAAUUGGAUGAAGCUUUGGAGAAUAACAGAAAAGAAAUUUCUGUUAUGGGAGAGCCGAGGACAAGUCCAGAGGAAUGCAAAAUGUUUUUGACCCGAUUGGGAUUGAAUUUCUAUGAGAUAUGCAAAGCUGCAGUCAAUGGUCAUUAUGAAGGGCAAUACUUCAUAUCCGAAGGCAAAGGGUCUCAUGCCCAGCGUUUGGCAUUGAAUCGACGUCUGCGUGCUGCGAUUCAACUCAUGAAUCAGAAAUUUGCGGAGGAAGUCCGUUUGAACGGACAUAAAUACCAUGUUCGUGGAAUAGAAGGAAAUGCCUUGAGCACGAGGCAAGUGGAUACAAAGCCUCCCGAUGAAGAACCUUCAGAAGAUGACCAAGAGGUACUCUCGGAAAAAGUUGUGACUAAUUUGAAUUGUCGACCCUUCACGAAAAUCAAACGCCCCCAAAAAUUGUCACGCCGCAAAGCUAUCACUUGGGUGAACGACGUUGUUAUUCGGGCAAGAGGACAGGAAUUACUCGGGAACUUUAAUCCUCUUGUGAUUGCCGAGCUAUUCUGGGAGCAGUCGUCUAAAUGGCAUCUGUUUGCUAAAGCACAUAUAGACGAGGUAUCAGGGGUUUGCCAACAUUUUCUGGAAAGUGUCCUGAAAUACAAGGCUCCCCUGGAUGUAUUCCAUCGCUUAUGGCCCACUGUCUCGGAAAAAAUCAAGAUGAGACACCGAGACGCUCUGGAAGAGCUUGAUAAAGUCCUGAAGGAUACUCGAAGCUACGUGAUCAAUUACAACCAUUAUUACACCGAUACCAUUAAGAAACGACAGUCUGAAAGGAGAAAGAACCACAUGAGCGAGUGUAUCGAGAAAGCAACACAGUACAAAAACCUUCCAGGAUGUCAUUCAGACCACAAAUUCCCAGACAUUGACAUUGGACAUGCCCUGGGCCUAUUUUCGGACCGCAUAGAUCCCAAUAUGGACAACCAUAGCUCUGAAGAAGUCCUUGACUGUCUCUUUGCAAUCUAUAAGGUAUACCAGAAAUUGUUCAUUGCGAAUGUUACCAUACAGGUUAUCGAACGGCAUGUAGUGCAUGACUUGGAGCUGAUCUUUUGUCCAUUGACUGUUGCAAAGCUUUCCGAUAGUGAGGCAGUCGCUCUAGCAUCAGAACCCUCAGCCAUUGAAAGGCAGAGAGAGUUCUUGAUUGGUAGGAUUGCGAAGCUUGAGCAAGGUCGUGAAAUUUUGGGAGAAGUUAUGUCAAGCAACAUUUAA